AUCCCUGCCGGCCUCUCCAUUUUCUGUCUCGCCUGUCGGGGAGACGCUUAGAUGGCAGAGCCCUGCUCCGCGUCCCUGAGAGGUAGGUGGAGUCUGGGCGUCCUCCGCCCUCCUUCCCUCCAUUGUCAGUGCUGUGAGCGCGGCACCUGCUCCGGCCGCCGGCUGCAGGGAUGCUCCUACCCUCCACCAAGCACUGGCGAGGCUGCGGCAAUCCCUGCGCCGGCGCCCGGCAGCCGCUGCCGGCAGCAGCACGGAGCCCAAGGAAGGAGAUGCUGCUUGCGCUCGGCUGCCGCCUCGGGAAGUGAACAUGAGUCUGCCAGGCCGCGUCUCCUGCUCCAUGCUCAACUGCUUUGGUGAGGAAGGCCCCCCCAGUUUGGAGUACAUCCAGGCCAAGGACUUGUUCCCCCCAAAGGAGCUUAUAAAGGAGGAAGAGUCAUUGCAGGUCCCGUUCACUGUGUUGCAGGGUGAGGGAGUGGAGUAUCUUGGCCAUGCAAACGAUGCUGUGAUCGCCAUCUCCAACUACCGGCUUCAUAUCAAAUUCAAGGAUUCUGUGAUCAACGUGCCUUUGAGGAUGAUGGAAAGCGUGGAGUGCCGGGAUAUGUUCCAGCUUCACAUCGUCUGCAAGGACUCCAAAGUGAUCAGGUGCCAUUUUUCCACCUUCAAGCAGUGCCAGGAGUGGCUGAAGAGACUAAAUCGAGCCAUUGCCCGCCCUGCUAAGCCUGAGGACCUCUUUGCAUUUGCCUACCAUGCGUGGUGCUUAGGAGUCUGUGUUGAUGAGGAAGAUCAGCAUGCACAUCUGUGCCGUCCAGGUGACCACGUGAGAUACCGAUUUGAGAUGGAGCUGGUGAGGAUGGGCUUUGACUUGCAGAACGUCUGGCGAGUCUCUGACAUCAACAACAAUUACAAGCUUUGUUCCAGUUAUCCCCAGAAGCUGCUGGUGCCUGUCUGGAUCACAGAUAAGGAGCUGGAGAAUGUGGCUUCGUUUAGGUCGUGGAAGAGGAUCCCUGUGGUUGUGUACAGGCACGUGCGUAACGGGGCGGUGAUCGCACGCUGCAGCCAGCCCGAAAUCAGCUGGUGGGGCUGGCGGAAUGCUGACGACGAGUAUCUGGUGACAUCGAUUGCCAAAGCCUGUGCCUUGAACCCUGGAGCGAAGGCACCCGGCGGCGCGCCGCACAACGGGAGCAGCGACGGCGGCGAGGCCUGCGAGGCUGACUUUGACUCGUCCCUGACCGCGUGUUCGGGUGUGGAGAACGUGGGCACUCCUCAGAAGCUGCUGAUCCUUGAUGCCAGGUCCUACACGGCAGCCGUGGCCAACAGGGCAAAGGGAGGAGGCUGUGAAUGCGAAGAAUAUUACCCAAACUGUGAAGUCGUGUUCAUGGGCAUGGCCAACAUCCACUCCAUCCGGAACAGCUUCCAGUAUCUGCGAGCUGUCUGCAGUCAAGUGCCAGACCCCAGCAACUGGCUUUCAGCCCUGGAGAGCACCAAGUGGCUGCAGCACCUUUCUGUCAUGCUGAAGGCAGCAGUGCUGGUCUCCAGUGCAGUUGACAGGGAAGGACGUCCAGUGCUGGUUCAUUGCUCUGAUGGCUGGGACAGGACCCCGCAGAUCGUAGCGCUGGCAAAGAUUCUUCUGGACCCCUACUACAGGACCAUGGAGGGUUUCCAGGUGCUCGUUGAAUCAGAUUGGCUGGAUUUUGGUCACAAAUUUGGUGAUCGCUGUGGUCACCAGGAGAAGGUGGAAGAUCAGAAUGAGCAGUGCCCAGUUUUCCUGCAGUGGCUGGAUGCUGUUCAUCAGCUUCUGAAGCAAUUUCCUUGCCUCUUUGAAUUUAAUGAAGCCUUCUUGGUGAAGCUGGUGCAGCACACAUAUUCCUGCCUCUAUGGGACCUUCCUUGGGAACAGCCCGUGUGAGCGAGAGAUGCACAACAUCUACAAGCGUACCUGCUCCGUGUGGUCCCUGCUGCGGGCUGGAAAUAAGAACUUCCACAAUCUUCUCUACAUGCCAGGGUCUGAGCAGGUGCUGCAUCCCGUGUGCCACGUGCGAGCGCUGCACGUCUGGACAGCGGUGUAUCUGCCGGCUUCCUCCCCGCACCCUUUGGGGCAGGACGACAUGGACAUGUACAUGCCCCCUGGAUCUCAGAGCCAGGAGUUCAGUGGCAGGUGUUUGGACAGAUUACCAAAGACAAGAUCUAUGGACGACCUGCUUUCAGCCUGCGACUCCAGCAGCCCGCUGACCCGCACAUCCAGUGAUCCAAACCUGAAUAACCACUGUCAGGAGGUGCGUGUGGGCCUGGAAGCCAGGCACGCUGCCACUGAGGGAGCCGAGCUGCACGUGGGAGAAGGCAGCGUGGCGGCUGCUGCUGAGACACAGCAAGUGGAGGAGCAGCAGGAAAAUGCCCCCCUGCAAGCCAGCAGUGCUUUCAACAGCAGCACUGAGCAUGAAGAGCAAAGGAAGAAGCUGAGCAGCUGGGCACCUGUGCCAGCGAAUGACGUGUCUGUGGAGACAGAAAAGGAAAAUGGAACGUACGUGGAGGAACUGGAUGGUACAUGCCCAACUCCAAAUCCUUCCAAACAGGAAAAUGUUGACAGGGUUUCCAUCAGUUGUGGAAAGCAAUUAGAAUCCCGUUCCCAGGAACCUCUGAAGGCUGCUGGCUUGGCACCCGGUGGAGAAGGCUGCCCCAAGAAAAACACCACCUGCCAAGACGUUCCCAGCCAGGAGCCACCGGCACCCAGCGCUCCUUGUCAGGAGCCGGGCGUCCCCUGCCCAGAUGAAGACAACAACAAAGGCUGUACUGGAAGGAAGGGGCUCUGUGAGGAUCCCUGCCGGAUGGGGAGAGUCCCACUGGAGCAGUGGCGCAAGCCCAUUUCCCAGAGCCAAAGCAGCGAGUUCUCCUUUUUGGGGUCCAACUGGGACAGUUUUCAAGGAAUGGUGACAUCGCUCCCCAGCGGGGAGCCCACGCCCAGACAGCUCCUCUCCUACGGUUGUUGUAGCAAAAGGUUGAGCAGCAAACAGCUGCGGGCACCGGGCCUGUGUUUCAGUGGCCAGUGGGCUGCCAGGGAAGGUGCGAAAGGCUCAGUCUGCUCUGGCCACGUCGGCACGCAUUUUGCAGGCUCUGCAGGGAAGCCCAGCCGUUCGUGGCUACCCUGCCACCUGAAGCAAGCGGCCGGGCCCAAGCACAUGCCACCAAAAUGUCCUUCUCCCGUGCCUCCUCUUUACCUGGAUGACGACGGGCUCCCUUUCCCCACGGAUGUGAUUCAGCACAGGCUGCGGCAGAUCGAGGCCAGCUACAAGCAGGAGGUGGAGCAGCUCCGCAGGCAGGUGCGGGAGCUGCAGCUGCGGUUGGACAUCCGCCACUUCUGCGCCCCGCCGGCUGAGCCGCCCAUGGACUACGAGGACGAUUUCACGUGUCUGAAGGAAUCCGAUGGCAGCGACACUGAGGACUUCUGCUCUGAUCACAGUGAAGACUGUUUGUCAGAAGCGAGCUGGGAGCCUGUUGACAAGAAGGAGACCGAGGUCACGCGGUGGGUUCCAGACCACAUGGCCUCGCACUGUUUUAACUGUGAUUGUGAAUUCUGGCUGGCAAAACGGAGGCAUCACUGCAGGAACUGUGGAAAUGUGUUCUGCGCCGGUUGCUGCCACCUGAAGUUGCCCAUCCCUGAUCAGCAGCUGUAUGACCCUGUCCUCGUUUGUAACUCCUGUUAUGACCACAUCCAAGUGUCUCGUGCCAGGGAGCUCAUGAGCCAACAUCUGAAGAAGCCCAUCGCCACAGCUUCCAGCUGAAUGCCAGACAAGGGACCUGUCUAAGCCCAGCCUUUUCUCUCAUGGGUUUUAAGGGUGACUCUGCCUCCACUGUCAUUGUGAAGGCCUUUGGUGCAACACUUGAACACCAAGCUUGAAUGCACUGUCUUCAGCAGUCUUACGAUCAGACUGGAGCAGAGGAGCUCAGAUUAGAGAGCACAGAGUGCCUCCACUCUGGUACCAGUGGGCCGUACAUUGUAGUCUGACCUAGGGCAAAAGAGGGGAUUGCAACCUCUUAUGUUUGUGGGCUGGAAAGCAAUGUUUUCACAGAUAUUGCCAGUGCAAAGUACCCCCAAAGCAAUAGAAAGGCAUGUUUAGAACCAACUCCCCCAACAAAGGCAGGCUGCUGUACAAGAAGGAAGAGGGCAGACUUGAGGUGGUGCUGCGUGCUUUGGAAGGGCCUCAGCCUGGAGCAGUUCUGUAGAUUCUCUUUCCAUGAGUGUGAUUUGUGAUCAGCUUGGUGAACAAGACUCGUUAGCCAUCACUAAUUGAUUUUCUCUAGAGCAUUGAAGAGAAAUUCAUUCUGGUGGAAACAGGCCGAGCAGAUUCUGCCUGUUCUCGUGCUCUGCUAGGAUUGGUGAAUGCACCUGACUUUGCCCUGCCCGCCAGCUGUGCGGGGCGAUGGGAGACUGGCUUUUUCACUUCUGCUCUGCCCGUCUGCUUUGUCUGCGGUGUGUCACAGCCUGGUGCUAACACAGGAAUGGCACCUGAUCCUCUCCUGGCAUGGAAACAGAACUCACGUUCCUGUGUUGCUCCUCCUCCCCUUUUCUGCCCUCAGCUCUCCACUUCCUACUGCUCUGUAUCCUGAAAACUUGAUACCUUGAGGGUAUAGGCCAUAAUAUGUUGUUUUACCUCCUGGAAUGUGCUGUCUGGUGUAUGUGAGGGUUUCAGUCCAAAUGCUGCUAUAUAUUUCUGUGCACUUAAUGUAACCCGAAAAAGGGAGAAUGAAGCAUUGAUACCAAAAUGGAGGUGGGGAAAGACACUGGCUGACACAGACACUACAGCCUGUGCUUUUCACUUCAGGAUGUACAACCAAGCUGCAGUGAUAAACAUGACACGUGGCAUCUGUUCAGCGGUGGAAACAAUAUCUCUGGUUUGCCCCAGUGCUACCUAAAAAUGCCUCUUGAAUUUGACUUCCUUUUUUUUUGUCUCCUGUACAGUGGUCAGAGUUCAGAGUUGCCAACUUGUAAUUGCCUCUCUGCUUGUUCCUUAAACUAGAGAGCAGGAAUCCCAACUCAUUCCAAAAAAGAAAAGUAACUGGGUUUAGAAAGUAAGAAAGAUUUUCAAAGAGAAGAUGGCUUUGGGUGAGCUUCAGUUUCAUUGCUAGAUCUCUGGGGGAGUUUCCAUCCUGCCUCCUUUCCAAGAUAUCUGCAGGUAUUAGUGAGGAAAAGAGUUUGAAUGUGGGGCAUUUCUUUCCAGAAAUGCAGGUUUUCUUCCCAAAGACAUGGAAAUGCCUGCAUCAUGAGCUGGGACCUCAUAUGGUUGGAGGGAGGAGCUGUGAGGGCAUUUGGUCAAACAAAGCAAAGUACUUUACGCUGUUGUGACCUCCCAGACUUUUGCUGAUGGUUUGUCAUCUCCACCAGAGGGAAUGGAACAGUGACCCUUUCCUGCACUUUGAUAUGUCAGCCUCUGGUUUUGUAAAUCCCAGUAGUGCAAACCGAGCUAGCAUCACCUGAAGACCCUGUACCUACUUGGACUCUGCUUCUUUUCCAUACUGGGAACAACCAAUAUGGCUUUGGGACGAGAAGGCACCUUGCUUCAGAUUCUCCCCUGCCUUGUACCUUGCAGUCAUUGCCAGACGUGGAAGAGUGACCAUUGGGCUGGCAGAAGAAUCUGCUCCUGUUUUACACGUGUUGGAAUGACUGCAAGCAAUAAGGAAGCCAGAAACUAGGUACUCCUGGCCCUUCUGUUCAGGCCAUUAGUCCAAACUGCUUUUAGCUCUUGUGAGUUUCAGCGUCACAAUGUGCUGGCCAAAAACUCUAAAAUCAGUUCUAUAGCAUUGUGACAAACAAAAUGUGCUGUACAACUCAAUACAGUUGAAAUAAAAUCUCUAUAUUAGU